UUAUUGUAGUGUACAACCAGGCAACCCAUCAUACCUGAAGAGCCUUCCACACAAAAUAGAAAAAUAUGUGAUAAAUCUGUACACUGUUUUGGCCUGGCCAAUCUCAGUUUGAGGUUCAUUUUCACACAGUAUUUUAUCCAGUUUGAAAACCAUUUAUUAUGUUUGAACUAGUAUUUUACCCAAUUUUAACAUUUUACAAUGCCAGGACAUGGUGCUUUGCUAAUGGAAGUCCUGAUGCUAUACAUAAAGGGACUUGUAGCUCAUUUGGUGUGUAAACAGAAUAGGUAAAAGCCUGGCAAGAUGGGAAUGUGUGGUGCCAUGAUCCCAUUGGCUUUUACACUACUGGUAUUUGGGGCAGUGAGUUCAACUGCACAAUCAAAUGCUUCUCAGGCUUUUGAUAACAAUUUUGAGAUAACAUUUGCAGGGGAUCAUUUUAAGACAUCUGAGAAUGGGCAGAUCUGGCAACUGAUGCUGGAUAAGAAAUCGGGCUCUGGUUUUCAGUCAAAAAACAGUUAUAGAUUUGGAUGGUUCAGCAUGAAUCUGAAGCUGGUUGGAGGAGACGCUGCAGGAGUUGUCACUGCUUAUUAUAUGGUUUCCAAGCACUUUCUCACAAGAGAUGAGCUGGAUUUUGAGUUCUUGGGGAACACCAGUGGGCAACCAUAUAUUCUGCAGACCAAUAUAUAUGUCAAUGGCAGUGGAAACAGAGAACAGAGACACAUGCUCUGGUUUGAUCCCACUAUGGAUUACCACACAUAUUCUAUACUCUGGAACGAUCAUCAGAUUGUGUUCUUUGCAGAUUCAGUUCCACUGAGAGUAUACAGAAACACUGGUAGUAAUAGCUUCCCCAAUGAGCAGCCAAUGUAUAUAUAUUCAAGUAUUUGGAAUGCAGAUGAUUGGGCAACACAGGGGGGAUUGGUGAAGACUGACUGGAAAAAGGCUCCCUUCAUCUCCUACUACAAGAAAUUCAAAGCAGAUGGGUGCAUGUGGAAGGACCCCUACCCAGCAUGUGUCUCCACAACAACACAGAAUUGGUGGGAUCAGGAAGAUGCCUGGGCCUUAACAGAUGCACAAAAUUUGGAUUAUACUUGGGCAAGAAGGAAUUUUCUUGUCUAUGACUAUUGUCUUGAUACUAAACGUUUUGAUCAGAUGCCUGUUGAAUGCAGUGUUUCAACAAUGCAAUCCUGAUUACCCCACUAAAGAAUAGUGCAAUCAUUUAUUAUUUAACAUUCUUCAUUUAAAAAGUUAAAAAAUGUAACAGCACCUUAUGGUGCAAUGGCUGGGCCCAUUGGUCUGUUAUGUAUUCAAUGCAGCUGCCCUCACAUUUCUGCAAGUUUCUUUUUUCAAUUUCAGUAUUGAUAUAAAGUGGAGAAUUUUAGAUAAA